AUGAAUAAUAAAAGGUCUAUUGAAGCUUUAGAUGAUGAUAAUAAUAAAAAUAAAAAAAAUAAAAAAAAUCAUUCUGAUGAUGAAAACAAACCAAAGCAAAUUAUAUCAUAUUUCAAUAGUGAUUUUGAUAAAGAAUAUAAUGAAUUCAUAAAAAAAGAUUAUAAUAAAUUAAAAAGAGAAGAUAUUAAAGAAUUUGCAAAUAAAAUUGGUAUCAAUAGUAUUGGUAAAAAAUGUGUUAUUUACAAAAGAGUUUCAGAGUUUUUUGGGGCACAACAAACAUUAGCAAUUGAAAAACAAGAAAAAGAAUCAAUCAAUUCAUUCAAUAAAGAUACGGCACAACUAAAAUUUAAGGAUAUCGCGCCACAUGAAACUUUAUUCUGGGCAAUUUUUAGAAAUAAAGUAAUUUUCAAGAAUAUAUUUUCAAAUUUUAUAUUCAGUAGAUCAUUCAGCUAUGAAAGACUUAACUCUCUCAAUUUUAUAUUAGAUAGAUACACAAAUGGUGAAGCAAUUUUAAAAGAUAAAGUGAAAAGUGCUCAAAAUUUACAAUUAAUUUUAAAUUACAAUUAUACUUAUGAAAUAAAAACCAUAUGUGAAACUAUAAUCAAAGAUACACCAUCCAAUAGAUCUUUCUAUCAACAACUAUUUUCAAACUAUUCAAAAACAAUUAAAAUUAUUGAGUUUUUUAAAAUGGCAUUUCAAACAUCAAAUAUCACAGUAUUAAAAGAACUAAACCACUAUUUACAAACUCGAGAAAGCUUUUCGGACAUAGAUGUACAUUACAUACAAACUUAUCAAUCUAUUAAAAUGAUAAAAUAUUUAAACUCAGUUGGUUUUAGAACAAGAAUUAAAAGAAACUAUUAUCAUGAUAAUAAAUGCUUUUUUUUUCGUUUUUCAUUUGACAUAUCAAGUCUUAAAAAUUUAAAUCAACUCAUUAAAACAGUCGAAUGCUUACCAUUACUUUAUGAAAAAAUAGAGAAUAGUCAAAUGGAGAAAAUCAAAACAUUAAAAAAACUAUCAUCAAAACUAUUUACACAAGAACAAUUAAAAUCAACUUUAAACCAACUCUUAAUGGAGAAUAAUUGUUUCAAUAAUAAUAAUAUGGAAAUUAUUACAAGUUUAUCAUUUUUAAAUAAUAAUAAUAAUCAUGAUGAUAUGAUUAGUUUUUUUUCAAUUAAAAAAAUUAUUUUAAAAUACAUAAAACUAUUCUUUCAAAUAAUACAACAACAUUUACCACCAGAAUACUAUAUUUUCUCAAGUGAUAAACAAUUAUUUUUAGAAAAAUUGAGAAAAAAUAAGUUUUUAUAUGAAAUAUUAUUUAAAUACACAAUCACCGAUUAUCAACUCUAUUUAGAAGCAUCCAAUCUACUUUUAGAAGAAAAAUAUUGUUCUGGAUCUAGUUUAUUUAUUUUUUUAAAGCUCACACUCGCGAGAAAUAAUUUGGAAUUAAUUCGAGUGAUAUUUGAUCAACAUAUUAAAAUAUUUAAUAGUUUUUUUCCACUAUAUAAUAUUAAAAGAGAUACUAUUACCAUAUUAAAUAGUAUUCAAUCAACAGAGGUAUUAGACUACUUUUACAACAACCACCAAAGCAUUGCUUUGUUUAGAGGGGAGCAUAACUACUUUUGCUUUUUUGUAUCAAAUAAAACAAUUCUUAAACAUUAUGAAGAGUUAAUGGUCAAGUUAGGAAGGAGUUUUUUUGUUCAUAAUUUAGAUUUUUGGGUAAAUAAAGAUUUUGCAAUAGGAUUUGAAGUAUUUUAUAGAACAGACAAAAACCCAAUUGUUUAUAACACUCGAGACUUUCAUACUCCCGUUAUUAAUCCUUUUUGCCAAAGAUUGAAAUCAGAAGAUCAAGUUGACACUACCAUAAAAUAUUUCAAAUCAAAAAGUUAUAUUUUAAUUUAUUCACUAGAUUUAAAAAUAAUCAAUUUUUAUAACUUAAAAGUAUUUCAAUGGCUACUCGAACAUGCUCAAUUACCAUUACCAAAUGAAAUUAUUGGAAAUCAAAAAAUUCAAUUACAUAUAAACUUCAUUAAUAAUAAAAAUCAAAAACUGCAACCUCACCAACAAAGAGAUAUCAAAUUUAAUAAACAAACAUUGUUAAUUGAAGUAUCUUCUGUUACUUACAUUUCUUUACUUUAUAUUUUUGGCAGAUACGAAACUAUAUUUCAAAUAAAAAAUCUAUCACUAGUACUUUUUCAGAAUUUUAAAUUUUCAACAGAAUUUAUAGAUCAAUUAUUAAAUAAUCUUUUAAUUACCAAAACAAUUAAAAUAUACGAAAUAAAACUCUGUGAAAUAAUUAUGAAUUUAAUAAAUGAAGGUAACACAGCAGCAAUUAAAAUAAUUUCAUUAAAAUAUCCUCAAAUAAUUACAAAACAUUCACCAUUAAAUCCAAAUGGUAUUUUUAAAAAUUCAAAAAAACUUUUAAGAGAAUCAAUAAAAAGGGAUCAUGUGGAAAUUUCAGAAAUUUUAUUUUAUUAUAUUUCAAUAAACAAUAAAGAAUUUGAAAGAUACAUAAAAAAUUCAUCAGAUAGGGAACUUUUUGAUUUUAAACUAAACUAA